AUGGCCGCAGAAAAUACAAACAGAGACAAUAUGAGCGAUGAAGAUGGGGAUCGGUCUCUAGAGGGCAGAGAUAACAACGAGGGGCUCCUUGCCAUAGGGAGUGAUGCACAGUAUAAUUCUGACAGCGACUCUGACUUGGAAGAAAAUCGGACCAGGACAGCACGUAGAGACGACCUUUCGGAACGAUUAAGAGAACAAAGUGAAUUUUGUUCCUGUAGUUUAGAAGGGCAACCUACUUUAACGUCCAGCAGAACUCCUGAAAUGGUCUGUAGGCUAUGCAGUAAAGCGAUAAUUCGAAACCGCACUCAGCAAGGAAAACCCAAUAAAUCCAACCUGAAUCCAACUACAACGGAAGAAACCUUCUUAACCGUUGUUCCAGAGUCGUACAAGGGACAUUUGCUGUCGCUUUCCAGUUUAUCCCUUGAAGAUGAGAUCUGCAGCAACUCGACAACAGCAUCUUUGCCAACAGUGUCUUCUGAACCUCAGCGGAAGAAAAUUCCUGUACCACAUGUGUGUGACCAUUCGGUGCAGCAUCCAUCGCCUGGUCUAACAGUGGUGCUCUUCCUUUUUGAAAGGAGCCAUCAAGAAAGGAAAGAAAAGUUAUUCAUACUUUACAUGAUCCCUGAAAAAGAGCAACAGGUAUAUGAGACAAUUUUUCAAAGUUACAAAAAUGAGGGAACCGAGCAAGGUUACUCAACGAGACAAAUUUCAUUUUGUGUUAACAAUGGCAAAAGCCAAGAUUUUCAUUCUGUAUUUGUUCACGAGCAAAUUAGAAUUUCAUUUGAAAUUGAGGAUCAACAGCAACAAAACUUCGUCUCUCCUGAGGAUGCAAGACGCCGAGAAUUUGUUUUUAGAGUUGCCAAAAUUGAAUGUGAGAGCAAAAACCGAGUAGCACCAGGAGCCAAGUCCCAUUUCCGACUUCAGUAUGUUGGUGAAUCCGAAAAUCCUUGUCAAGAACAAGGAAAAAUCACCUUAGCCAUCGAUGCAGAGACACAGUGUUCCCUGUACUUUCCCAUCGCAUUUUGGGUAAGUCUCUGGCUGAUAUCUGGAAACAUACAUGACAAGAAAUGUCUCAUGAUAGCAAAAUACUCCUACAUUAAACAUUUCAUUGACAAAAAUUUUACUAAGAUAUUGGGAACACACCUGGCAGCAGAAAUUUUAAUAUCGAAUAAUGGGUGAAAUGCCUUGUGAAACUUGUGAGAAAACGUUUUAAUUAGAUUAGAAAUCUCAGAUGUUCUCUUUGUUUUUGUUUUGUUUACACCAUGAGAUCUAGAGAUGGAUUAUUUACAGUGCUCAAACUGACUUUUGGCUGAAAUUACUUAUAAAUAUUUUGCAAUUAGGGAACUAUAUAUGCAUUAGUUAAUAUUUUGUGUGCUUGUUUUAUCUUGUAUUUGUCAUUUUAUUAAAGAGAAAGAUUUAUGUGUCGCAUUUAAUGCUUAAAGUGACUAGCUUUGGUUGCCUUCUUAUCACUGUAUAUACCACUGGUUGGGAGAGGUCAUUAAGGUGGCAGCUAGCUUUAAUUGUUUUGGCUUUUUUGUUGUACUUUUCCUAUCGGAAAAAGAAUUCUAGACACAGUUGCCUUAAUAAAUUGCCUUUUUAUUCUGUCCUCAGUGAAAAUGAUGAAAUGGUGAUGAUGAAGGAGACAGAGAUGAUGAUAAUUGGUUGAUUGAGAUUGAAAGUAGACAAGAAAGCUAUGCAAUGAAACAGUAAAAUAUUUAAUAGUUCCCCAGUGCUGUAGAUUGAAAAUGUAGGCAAAGAAUAAUUCAUAAAAUAAGAAUAUUUUAUUAAAAGUAAACGAUAUAUACACCA